UUAAGGACUGUGCCGUCUAGGCGAGCUACUUCUAAACUUAACCGUGUAAAAGUAGUUAUAUAGUUCAGAAGUAUUUUGUAAAUGACAACUACGACGAUCCACCUUGUCUCUGCGCAUCUAAAUCAUUCUUACGCAUUUAAAUCCUUUGUGAACAAUACAUCCGUCUCUCUCGCCACACACUAUGCAAAAAAAUGAGCAACAUGAAAAAACACUGUGAAGAAUCAAGGUACCGGCGCAUUAUUAUGUUGAAGAAGAGAGCUGUCUUCGUCGUCAUCGUCGGCUUAUUAUUUGCGUUACUUCGCUACGUGGGUCUACACGUAUCAGCUGGAGAGGUACUUUUAAGAAACAUAUUUCAGGUGGAUAUGUCAAACGUUGGAAAAUGUUCAGCCAAGUCAAACAUUGUGUUCUUGAAGACGCACAAAACGGCUGGUUCUACAGUUCAAAAUAUCCUGAUGCGCUACGGACUCGACAAUAACCUUUCUUUUGCCUUACCACGCACUGGCCAUAGGUUUCAAUAUCCUUGGUACUUUGAGAAGGGAUCAGUGUUACAAGAAAACACAAACAAGGAAAACACAAACAAGGGAAACACCAACUACAAUAUAUUAUGUCACCACACUCGCUUCCAUUAUGAGAACAUCAGGGAUCUUAUGCCAAACGACUCAGUUUAUAUAACAGUGGUCCGAAGUCCCGGCAAAAUAUUCAGAUCGGCGUUUGAGUAUUUUCAACUUAGAAGAAAAUUUCAUAUUACCAAAGAGAAUGCCAUGGAAGCCUUUCUUGACGACCCGUCGUAUUAUGUAGGAAGAUAUAGUAAGACACGCUUUUCUCGUAACCCAAUGUUUUUUGACUUGGGAUACGACCCUCAUCAGCUUGCGUCAGAAGCUUCUAUAAGAAAUGCUAUCGAUUAUCUUGACAGGAUAUUUUCACUUGUUUUAGUUUCCGACCAUUUCGAAGAGUCCAUGGUGCUUUUAAAGCAUACACUUUGCUGGGAUAUCAAUGACAUAACAUAUUUUAAGCUGAAUGAAAGGGAAACUAAUUCUACCGAAGAACUUACCAAGAAUGUGGAAGAAAAGAUAAGACAAUGGAACAAAGCAGACAGUAUGCUGUUUGACCAUUUUAAUAGAUCAUUAUGGGAAAAGCUUUCGCAGCUCCCAUAUAAUUGGAAGAAAGAACUAAAUGUGCUACAACAGAAGAAUAAGGAUCUGGAAGCAAAGUGUAUAAACACACGUAGGAUAAGCUCGAAUAUAAAAGAUGAGAAUUUUAGAUUUUUUCAGCCCCCCGGAGUAUCUGUUCUGGGCAUUGUAUUAAACGACUUUGAAAUGCAAAAUAAAAUUUGUGUUCACAUGGCCAAGGCCGAAGUACCAUUCACACAAGAACUUAAACAGAUGUAUAAAAAGUCAAUUAGAAAAUAAAGGAAAAUGGAGACCAUGACAUAGUGUGUAUUCCUUUGCCCGAUUAAAACUUUGCUCAUUGCCUGGAGGACUUCAAGUAGCGCAGAUAAAGGCUCUUGCCAAAGUGCCAAGAAUGACGAUCGGCAGUAAAGUAGGCAAAGAAUCUGAGCUUCAGUCUGUGACAAGAUGAUUAAGAAAAAAACAUAAAACAUCAAUAGGAGUCGGCGGCGCAAAUUUCCGUUUUAGACGGCUCGUUGCCUUUCUAACGGGCGAUGCCAUUUUCGAGCGACCCGCCGGAUUUAAAUUCCGAGUGCUCGCGGCAUGUGAAGUUUUUGUAGCUUCUCGGGACGUUUUUAUUUCUUCUAUAAUUCAUAAAAGAAGGGCCAGAUCUUGCUCCACUGUGGGAAGAAGAACAGCAAAGACUGUAACUCAGGACUGUAACUCUGUCUUCUACUCAGAUGAGGUGUACCGAAGCGUCAUAUGACGAUACGUGCACCAUUUUGUGAGUAAAUUUGGCCAGAGUGCCAUAGACUGGAGUCAUUGGUUAUGUAGGAUUUUUCUCCGACUCUAACAGAAGAUUGGAGGGGGUGGAAUAAAGCACCUGGUUGGAAAAGAUUACUGACCAAUUCUGGUUUGGAUCAAGGAAGGAUUUGCGUCCGUCUCUUACGUCGUGGAUCAUUGACUUCCAUACGGGGAGACGCCAAGUUGUCCGUUAUCAUGGAACCCUCUCCGACAGUGCCACCAUAACGCGCGACCUACCUUCUUGGGCCUCUGAUUUUUGUGGCAGUGCGGCACCUCAAAUCUCAGCCAAAAGAUGGAAAUCUGAGGACGAUUUAAACCUGCUAGAGAUCAGAACCUGACCUGGAGAAAUGGUCUUCUGAAACAGCAUGGUACUACAUCCUGGAAGAUUUCAAGUUCUACACUUGAAGUUCAGCAAGUCAGUGUCCAUACUACCCCCUCUCAAAAUCAACAACAACGAACUCCGACAGGUUCAUACAAUGAAGAUUCUUGGUGCUUGAUCAUGUAUAACCUGAAGUCGAAUGCCCACGUGGACUACAUGUACUCUGAAUCCAGUCAGCGUUAGUUCUUUCUCAAGUUAAACACUUCCACAUCGGUAUUGAAGACCUUGUCAUCGUGUACACCACCUACGUGUGUCCGAUCAUCGACUACACAGCACCGGUAUGGCAUCCCGGAGUGACAACAUCUCUGUCCAACAAACUCGGGAGAAUCCAACGUAGAGCAAUGCAAAUAAUCCUGGGAGCUAGUUACACCAGCUAUGCUGAAGCUUGCUCCCAGCUCGGCCUACCCUCCCUUCACCAGAGGCGUGAGAACCUGACACUGAAGUUCUCUAAGUCAAUGCUAACAUCCAGCCAGUACCGCCAACUCCUGCCACCGGACAGACAGAGUAUUAGUGGCACACAGACUUGUUCCUCAAACAAUUUGGACUUGGCUCAUUGUAGAACAGAGCGAUAUAGAAACAGCGCUGUCCCGUAUUUGGCACGUCUAGUCAACACGUAGUCCUACAAUUUAUAUUUCCCGUCCCUGAGCUUGUAUACGACUGCGUUAUAAAUUUAGAAGUACCCCCGUCCGAGCAUUGAUGGCUCUCAGAUAAAGACAGAAAGUCUUUUGUUGGUAGAUGAUUUUAUUUUGUAAACCCGUCUACUACAUAAUGUAAAAAAGAGUCCAAUUGUAUCAAUUCAUGUAGUAGUUGUUUGUAAGGAGAUUAUCUUCAUUGUUAUUCUCUAGUCGGUAUUCUUCUUCAUUCUUCAAUGUUGGUUUUAUAUUAUAUUACUUGAUAAUUUCUAACGAUUUCUUGCCAAUCUAUAGAAUUAUAAUCGCAAUAAUUGUCAUGUUUUAAUCUAUUUUGAUGUAAAGCCCGUGAAAUGUAUAUGCUUUUAACUCGUUUGUAAAGUCUGAAACAAUUCAGCCUCGGCUGCUAUUUCUGGACUACUUGUACUAUUUGUAUGC